AUGGUCAUACGAGGUACCGUGGCUGUUGAGGAAGCAAUCAUAACCCCUUCGACGGUAUGGCUACUUGAGGAAACCAAUUCUAUUCUCAAUCCUGGUGACCACAGCAACAAAACCCUCGAAGCACAUGCCAAGAGGCUACUUGAUAUCCAUGGCAAGCGUCUGACGACUAUGGAUGCCGAGGGAGUCGAAUACAUGCUUCUAUCCUUGACUGCCCCAGGAUGCCAGGGCAUCACCGAUCCUCAAGUCGCGGAGAAGACUGCGAGAGAGGCCAACGACUGGCUGGCAGCCCAAGUGUCGCGAAACCCCAAGAGAUUUGGUGGUCUAGCAGCUCUUUCCAUGCACGGUCCAGAGGCCGCGGCACAUUACUACGAUACUACUAGAUACGAUCCUUUCUGGAAAAAGGUGGAAGAAUUAGAUGUACCGAUAUACUUUCACCCGCGCUACCUCGCGAAGAAGGAUCUUCAACCCGGAUCUCUCUAUGGGGAUCGACCGCAUCUACAAGGGGCUGCUGUGCAGUUCCACCUCGACCUUUCGUACCAUAUUUAUCCGAUUUGUUCAUCAGGUGUUAUCGAUCGAUUUCCAGGUGCCAAAAUUGUAGCUGAACAUCUUGGAGAGAACAUCCCUCUCAAUCUACGGCGAGCGAGCCAUUGGUACAAUAAAUCUAGCAAACAGGCUACGCGACCUUCAAAGAACGACUAUAAUUUCUACUUCCAAAACAAUGUCUAUAUUACAACGUCGGGAAACUUCUUCACUCCUGGCUUGAAGCUCUGCAUUGAGACGAUCAACCUCGAUAGAUGCUUAUACGCGAUAGACACACCGUAUGAAGACAUUGAAGAGGAACAGUCGUGGUGGAAAACUGUAGAUUCGGACAAUGAGGCGAAGGACAAAGUUGGAAGGGUGAACGCUAUAAAGCUGUUCAAAUUGCCCUUGGAGCACUGA